AUGGCGAUGAACUUCGUCACCUUUAACCAGGACUACAGUUACCUGGCUGUCGCCACCUCCAAGGGAUUCCGCAUCUUCACCACCGACCCCUUUGCGAAAAGCUAUGAAACAAAGGAAGGGAACAUUGCCGUGAUUGAGAUGCUCUUCUCAACUUCACUGGUAGCCCUGAUUCUUUCCCCUCGCCGCCUACAAAUUACAAACACUAAGCGUCAAUGCACGAUAUGCGAAUUAACGUUUCCAACCACGGUGCUUGCUGUGAAACUAAAUCGCAAACGCCUUGUCAUUGUUCUUGAAGAUCAGAUCUACCUCUACGAUAUCCAGACCAUGAAACUCUUAUCCACGAUCGACACGUCACCAAACCCGCAUGCUAUAUGUGCCUUGGCCCCUUCGUCCGAAAACUGCUACAUGGCGUACCCCCUCCCUCAAAAGGCACCCGCAGCCUCGAAACCACCAGCACAUGCACCCCCCGGGACAACUCAUGUCUCACCCACAACCGGCGAUGUCCUUAUCUUCGAUUCCUCUAAAUUAGAAGCUAUCAAUGUCAUCGAGGCGCACCGUUCUCCACUAGCAUGCAUCACACUCAAUAGCGAAGGAACUCUGCUUGCGACUGCCUCGGACAAGGGGACGAUUAUUCGAGUAUUCUCGGUUCCAGAUGGUCACAAACUGUACCAGUUCCGACGAGGUUCCAUGCCAUCUCGCAUCUACAGCAUGUCCUUCAAUACAACGUCGACCCUACUUUGCGUGUCAUCUUCAACCGAAACCAUCCAUCUGUUCAAGCUGAGCCAACAGGGGCCAACAUCAGACAACUCACCUCCCUCACACUCACCAGUUGGUCGCGACUCAACGUACGGGACCAGUCCGUUUGGAAGGUCGCACGAUGAGGAUGAAAUGAGCGGUGAGACCAGUUCAGAACUUUCCCAAAGGAAGCACAACGGGACUCUGAUAGGGAUGCUCCGCCGGACAUCACAAAAUGUUGGAGGAGCGGUCGCUGCCAAAGUUGGGGGUUAUCUCCCCAAGGGCGUUAGUGAGAUGUGGGAGCCAGCGCGAGAUUUUGCGUGGAUCAAAAUACCACGAGCGAAUCCCGGAGCGGGCAAUAACAACACCACUGGUCCUCUUCGUAGUGUGGUGGCUAUGAGCAACAACACUCCCCAGGUUAUGGUUGUGACCAGUGACGGCAAUUUUUACGUCUUCAACAUUGACUUGUCGAAAGGCGGAGAGGGAACUCUCACCAAGCAAUAUUCGGUGAUUGAACCGACUGAUAGGCUAGGAUACCCUGCUACGGAUUACUGA